UGUGUCAGUGAACGGGCGAGGUUGUGUUGCUUAGCAGCUAGCCGCAUUAGCUUGGCUAACAAUAAAGCGACCCAACCGGUGGGUCCUGUAUCCGGAUCCACCUGUGUUUCACCAGCGCCUGGGUUCAGUCUCAGAGCUGUAAUUUGGGCUUUAAACGUAAAAUGGUGACUUUGUAACAGAUGAGUUCGGACACGAGUCUUCGUAAAGUCGCAAAGUGGCUUCGUCGUUUUUCCCGUUAUUAUUUUACAGCAGGAAAUAGAGGUGUCACGUGUUCUUGUAUGAACAGGAAACGGGCUUUGAUUUCAGACACUUUCAAAGUGAAGAAAAGAAGACAUGGCACAGAGAAGUUCGGAAUCAUCCGCGAGGGAGACGGGCCGAACGACAUCAGAUCCACGCUGCAGUACCUCAUGACACUGUUUCCCAGAAAGCUCUUCAAUGACACCCUACCUCAAAUUGUGCUGAAGCAUCAACUCUACAGUAUACACCAUGACAAGACUUCAGUGGACAAGGAGGUGAAUAAACUGCGGGAACAAGCAGAACUGCUGAUGUUCCAGCUCGGGUUUGAUACGGAAGCUUUCGGGCUGAUUUUCGCCUCAGACUACAAGGCCAAAGUGCUGGCAGCCGAGGAGGGAAGGGUGACACGAGCGACGGUGGAGAAGUUCCUGGAGAAACUGUUAACCUCCUCUUGCACAGAUCUGAGCUUCAGCAAAGACAAAAUGAUCAGAGAGUUCCUCUUCACAGACUCUGAGAUAACGCAGCUGGUGAAGUCAGGGGUCCUGACUGUGAGGGACGCAGGCAGCUGGUGGCUGUCCAUUCCCAACUCAGGCAAAUUCACCAAGUACUUUAUACAAGGUCGCAAAGCUGUACUCGCUAUGGUGAAGAAGUCUAAAUAUAGUGAAGUGUUGCAGGCAGAGCUAGAGGAGCGACGAACAACCUCUCAAGUGAAAUUUCACAUGAAAUACCACAUCCACGACAUUGUUGGUGCAGAUCUGGUGGAGAGAAUAUCGACAACUUCAGGGGCAUUGUUGCGAUUUGUCGAUUCCUGAGGCUUUGCAUCGAGACAGAAUCAGCGGGUGACUGAAGACGUGACACUUCCCAAGAUGAACUAAUCUUGUGAAACGUGUUUGUAUGAAGACUCAGAGUUAAAACGAUUUCUUGUGUAGAUUCUGUGCCAAAUGUUGUAUAAAAAACCUUGUGGGUUUAUGAAUUGUCAAUUAUGUUGACAUGACCAUGUCAGGAUUUCAUUCAUCCUGUAAUAAAGAAAGAUAAAAAAUGUUUCUGUCCCUCAA